GAAUCAUUAUUAUUAUUAGAGAUCAUCAAACACAACAAUUCACUAGAGUAAACCCAAUUUCUCUAUUCCCAAAAUUCCGAUUAAUCAAUGGCGGGUUACAAAGCCGAUGAAGAGUACGAUUACCUCUUCAAGCUCGUCUUGAUCGGCGACUCUGGUGUCGGCAAAUCCAAUCUCCUCUCUAGGUUUACCAAGAACGAGUUCAACCUCGAAUCCAAGUCUACCAUCGGCGUUGAGUUCGCUACCAAAACGCUCAAAGUCGAAGGCAAAGUCGUCAAAGCUCAGAUUUGGGAUACUGCUGGUCAAGAGAGAUACCGAGCGAUCACCAGCGCUUACUACAGAGGAGCUGUAGGUGCUUUGCUUAUCUAUGAUGUGACAAGGCACGCGACCUUUGAGAAUGCAGCAAGGUGGCUAAGGGAACUAAGAGGACACACAGACCCGAACAUAGUGGUGAUGCUCAUAGGGAACAAGUGCGAUUUGCGCCACUUAGUAGCAGUCAAAACAGAAGAAGCUAAAGCCUUUGCUGAGAGAGAAUCUCUGUAUUUCAUGGAGACAUCAGCUCUAGACGCAACCAACGUUGAAAACGCAUUCACGGAAGUGCUCACUCAGAUCCACAAGAUAGUGAGCAAAAGAAGUGUGGAUGGAUCCAACAGAGGAGAAGGAUCUUCGACUGAUUUACCAGGAAAAGGAGAGACGAUAAACGUUAAAGAAGACGGUUCGGUUCUUAAGAGAAUGGGCUGCUGCUCUAACUAGACUGGAGGAUUGUAGAUUUGGUUAGGGUGAGACAUCAAAUGAUAAUGUCUUUGGCUAUGGCAAUCAAAAUGAAAUAAGAAACAUUACUUCAAGAUCAUGUUUAAUUGUUUCUGCUAUGGUAAAUUUGGCCUGUAUGUUUUUUUUUUUAUAAAUUGUCUUUGAAGGUACA